AUGGGUGAUGUUCUAGCUUAUGAAGCUGAGUUACUUGGACUAGUGAGAGAGUAUUUGGAUUUUGCUGAAUUUGAAGAAACAGUGAAAGUAUUUACAAAGGAAUGUAAAAUAAAAGGGAAGCCACUACCUAAAUCAGCAGGUGUUUGCUCGAGAGAUUCAAAAGCUUUGCCUGUUCAGAAAGAUCUGCUUACAGCAUUUGAAAAUGGUGAGCAGGAAGUUUUCUUCCGGCUCUGGGAGGAGCAUAUUUCAUCUUCAGUCCGGGACAAUGAACCAGUUGCUCAGAAGCUGGAGUUCUACCUUCACGUACACUUUGCCACCUACCUCUUAAAACACUCUAUGGGAAAGCCUGACAAAGCUGAACUUGAGGAAAGGAUUUCUCAUUUUAAGGCAUACCUGGAAACAAAAGGAGCUGCACUGAGCCAGACUACAGAGUUUCUUCCCUUCUAUGCUUUGCCUUUUGUUCCGAACCCCAUGGUACAUCCUUCAUUUAAAGAACUUUUCCAGGAUUCUUGGACAUUGGAUUUAAGGACAAGAUUGGAAAAGUUCCUGUCUCUGACUCUCAAAGCCAGACAGACUCCUCGGCUUCUCACUUUAUUUAAGGAGAAUGGACAGUGCAACAAAGAAAUGUUGCAACAUCUUCAUCAACAGUUAGUGGAAUCUGAGCACAGGACCAUGACUUACCUGAAACGAUUUAACAAAAUGCAGGCAGACUACCAUAAUCUCAUUGGAGUCACUGCAGAGCUGGUGGAUUCCUUGGAGGCCACAGUCAAUGGCAAGAUGAUCACACCAGAGUAUCUUCAAAGUGUUUGUGUUCGCUUGUUUAGCAAUCAGAUGAGACAAAGUGUAGCACAUAGUAUCGACUUUACAAGGCCUGGAACUGGAUAUUACUCUAUGAGCCCUUGUGAUGACGGAUAUGCUUCCACAAUGUUAAGAGCAUCUUUAGCCCCUGCGAAGAUGCAGGAUGUGCCAUUGUUACCCUCUUUGGAUUAUGAGAAGCUGAAGAAAGAUUUGAUUACAGGGAAUGAUCGUCUCAAAGCUUUCUUACUGCAGGCUCUGCGCUGGCGCUUGACAACAUCAUAUCCUGGAGAGCAGAGAGACACUGUCCUGCAAGCCUACAUCAGUAAUGACCUCCUAGACUGCCACAGCAACUGUCAGAGAAGUGUCCUCAAAUUAUUACAUUCUAAGAGUGAGGUAGUCAGACAGUAUAUGGCAAGGCUCAUCAAUGCUUUUGCUUCACUGGCAGAAGGUCGUGUCUACCUUUCUCAGAACCCAACAUUGCUGCGAAUGCUGGAGGAGAGACUGAAAGCUGAAGACAAGGAUUCCCUUACAUGGGAGAAUGUUCUGGGGGCUCUGCAGAAAUUCAGCCUCAGGCGUGCGCUGCAGUCGGCAAUGAUCAAAGAUGGGCUCAUUUUCUGGCUGGUUGAUGUUCUAACUGAUACGGAUUGCCUGUCUGAUUACACGCUGGAGUAUUCUGUUGCCUUGCUCAUGAAUCUUUGUCUGCGGAGUGCAGGGAAGAAAAUGUGUGCAAGGAUCGCAAACCAUGUGCUCAAAGUUCUCUCCGAUCUUCUUGGCCAUGAGAAUCACGAGAUACAACCAUACGUGAAUGGAGCACUGUAUAGCAUUCUUGCCAUCCCUUCUGUCCGAGAAGAAGCCAGAGCAAUGGGAAUGGAAGAAAUUCUGCGCUGCUUUAUCAAGGAAGGAAAUGCAGAGAUGAUCCGACAGAUUGAAUUUAUUAUCAAGCAGCUCAAUUCAGAAGAGCCAUUAAAUGAUAGUAUUGUGUCUGACGAUGAAGAGGAAGAGGAGGAUGAGGAA